UUCCGUGCUAGUUAGCUUAGCUUGUUAGCCGCUAACAAAGAGAGGCGGAAGUGAUGAAAACACAUCGCUAAGCAGAGAUCAAGUGUGAGUGUAAAGUGUUGUGAUUGUGUGAAAAUGUGCGAAAGAACGAUAGCAGAGUACGAGGAGGAACUUUGUCUAACAAAAGAGGAGAAGGAGCGACAACAUCAACUACUGGACGCUGUUUUCAAGAAACAUCAAGUUGUGUUACACAGAACAGCAGACAUCCAGCAGCCCCCUCACAUUAAAGAAGAAGAGGAGGAGGAGCCACAGCCCCCACAUAGUAAGGAGGAAGAGGAGGAAGUGUGGAUCACUCAGGAGGAAGAGUGUCUUCUAGGGCAGGAGGAGGCUGAUCUCAGCAAGUUUCCACUGACUGUUGUCUCUGUGAAGACUGAAGAGCAUGAAGACAAAGCACCUGAGUCCUCACAGCUUCAUCACAGUCCAAACGUCUGGGAGAGCCAUCUUCUCCCUGAGCAGCAGGAGUGGACCUCAAAGAUGGAGCAGGAGGAGCCCCAGCCCCCCUAUAUUAAAGAGGAAGAGGAUGAGCCGCAGUACCCGCACAUUAACAGGGAAGAGGAGGAGCCAAAGCAACCCUUCAUUAAAGAGGAGAAGGAGGAGGAUCCUCAUAUCUCUUACAGUAAGGAAGAAAAAGAGUCGCAGCUCUCCCUCACCAUACAGAGAAGGAGGAACCAUAUUCCCAUCCACAUUAAAGAGGAAGAGGAGGAACACAGCAUCAGUCAGGAGGGAGAGCAGCUUGAAUGGUUGGAGGAGUUCCCAGUGAUUGGUGUCCCUGUGAAGAGUGAAGAUGAUGAGGUGAAAGGUGAAAGUGAGGUGAAGAGAGAGGCGGAGCCUCCAAACAGACACAUGACAACAGAAGCUGAUGGAGACCACUGUGGAGGAUCACAAGCAGACAAGCUCUUAGCUCCACUAUCAGAUAGUGAGGACACAACGUCACACUCUCCUGACACUGAUGAUGAAGACUCUAAAGAUGGUAAGACAUGUCACACUGACAACACACACUUCACAUGUUCUCACUGCGACAAAACCUUUAAAUACCGUUAUUAUCUGAAAGAACACAUGAGAAUGCACACCGGGGAAAAACCUUUUACCUGUUUGAACUGUGGUAAAGGUUUUGCACAGAGGCGGGAUUUGAAAAGACACACGAGGACGCACACCGGAGAAAAACCAUAUUCCUGCUCAAGCUGCAACAAAAUCUUUUCUCACCGAUCAACACUUGUGAGACACACAAGAACGCACACCGGAGAAAAACCUUUUUCAUGUUCAGUCUGCGGCAAAGUUUUUGCACUAAUUCAAUAUUUGAAAAGGCACAGGAGAAGACACACCAGAGAAGAAACGUUUUCUUGUUCAAACUGCAACACAAUCUUUUCUGAGCAAGCAACACCUGUAACACACACUGGAGAAAAAACUGUUACGUGUUCAAACUGCAGCGCGAGCGCUUGUGACCAAUCAAACCUUGUAGCACACAUGAGAAUAUACACCGUAGAGAAACCCUUUUCCUGUUCAGUCUGUGGUAAGGGCUUUACGCGAAGGUACCAGUUGAAAACGCACAUGAGAACACACACCGGAGAGAAACCUUUUUCCUGUUCUAUCUGUGGAAAAGAUUUUACUCAAAAGCAGCAUUUGAAAACACACGCGAGCACACACACUGGAGAUAAACCUUUUUCCUGCUUAGAAUGUGGUAAAGGUUUUGUACGAAAACAUAGUUUGAAGGAACACGUUAGAAAACACAUUUGAAAAAUAAACGUCUUACUGCUUAGAAUGUAAUUUUUGGACAAAAAAAGGUGUGGUAACAACAUGUGAAAAUACACACGAGAGAAAAACAUCUAUCUUGUGAUAAGGAAUUUGUACAAAGAACGCAUUUUAGAGUACACGUGAGGAUGCACACCGGAGAAAAAACGUUUUCCUGUUCAGUCUAUUGCAAAGGUUUUGGUCGAAGUCAAUGUUUGAAAAGACAGGUGAGAGAGUGUUCAGUCGCAGUGUGUGAACGGUCAACACUUUGACUUUCUAUCAACAUCAGCACAUAUGACAGGUGUGACAACAUUGUUGUGUGUGUCAUUUUUUCAGAUUUAUUUUCAAUUUGAACACAUAUACAAUUUCAAAAUGAUGCGUCAUUUUAUAUUUUCUUCAUUAUAUGUCCAAAAAGGAGUAGGAAACAGCUCUUAUUUUUAUUUAUUCUACCCCUUUUUGCACAUUUGUUUACUCUCUGUACUCUGUAUACACACAUUACACAUCUGUGUAGUUAAUACAACACAUCUUAACUACGUAAAUCAUUUAUGACGAGAUAAAUGUAUUUUUUCCCCUCAAAUUCAAGACAUGCACCGAUGUUAAUAUUCUUUGUGCUUAGUAAAAAUUUGUAGUUUGAACAGUUUCUUAAAGUGGAUCAUUGUUUCACUUCUUUGCUUAAUCCAUUCCAUAUUUUAAUUCCACAUACUGAUAUGCUGAAAGUCCUAUAUUGUAUGUUUAUGCAAAUGUUUUAAAUUAUAUUUUUCUAUAAGGUUAUAUUUCUCUUUUGUUGAGAAGAAAUGUACAUUCCUGGGAAGCAGGUUAUAGUUUGCUUUGUGCAUCAUUUUAGCUGUUUGCA